AUGGCCUUGCCCCAUCCUCCUGUUAUCCAUUCAACUCACACUCAAGCUUCCCACCUCAUGCAGCCCGGUCAACCCGGCCCGUCGGGAAUGCCCAUCCCAAUGGCGCAGUACACCCAGACACCUUACGCUCAAGUCGUCCGACCCCAGGGAAUGGGCGUCGUCGGUUUGAGCCAGACACAUGCUCAACAGAUUCAGCAACAACAAGCGGCGCAGGCGCAGGUUCAGCAGCACCAGAUGCUCCAGCGGCAUCAGCUUCACCAGCAGGCCAUGGCCGCGCACCAGGUCCAGCAGGCACAGACGGCAGCCGCUGCUCAACAGCAGCAGUUGCAGCAGCAACAGCAGCAACGGAUGGCUCAAGCCGCUGCCGCCGUCCAGGCGCAAAACGCCGCUGGACACCAUGUCACCCCCUCUCCUCACCUCCAACACCAGACUUUCCCAGGCGCGACCGCUGCGGGCGGCGUGCAACCUCAGCAAUACACUGGACAUCCACCGCAGGCGGCGGCCAUGGCCAUGGCUGCCCGUCCAGGCGUUCAGCAGAUGCGACCUCCAGGAGCGGCUCCCGGCGUGCGACCAGGACAGCUUCAACACGGUUUCCAGCAGCACCCAGGAAUGCAGGCCGCCCAGCAGGCUCAGCAGCACCCUCCUCACGCCCCUGGAACGACACCCGUGAUGCGCCCAUCGCCACAGCAGACCGCGACCCCGGGGCAGAUCAUGCCAACGGCUGCUGCCCAGCACCAGCAACAAACGGCGAUGGAGCACCAGAUGACGGGUCAAGGGUUCGAUAUGAGCCGAGUCGGAUCGGUGCAAUCGCAGAUCGGCGGUCAGCCGAUCCGCGAUGCCGAUUCCUUACUUCGACCCUACAUCCACGAGUAUCUCAUGAAGAACGAGUUGACCUCAACAGCAGCUCAGCUUCGGACAGAGGGUGGACUAGGCGAGCAGCCCCCGCUACCGAUUCAGGUUCAGAAGGGCGUCUUGUCAGAACUCUGGGCUGCCUUCUGGGACAUUGUCACCGCUGGCAAGGGACCACAGGCGCUGAAUAACCAUCAGGCCUACGUCGAAGGUAUUAACCGUCUGCGAAGCCUACGACAGUCAAUACCGGGUCCGAGCGGAACGCCUCAGCAACAGCCUGCGCAGUUCCAAGCCGGAACACCCAGCGCGGCUCCCGGACGACCCAUUUCGAGCCAGCAGUUCAUGGAGAUGAGGCAAGCUCAGCAGCAACAGCAGCAGCAGCAGCCGAAUCAACAGCAGCAGCAGGCUCAGCAGCAGCAACAACAGCAACAGCAGCAGCAGCAGCAAGCUCAACAAGCUCAGCAGCAACAGCAGCAGGCUCAACAGGCUCAGCAGCAACAGACGCCGCAGCAACAAGCCCAGCAAGCUCAGCAGCAGCAGCAACAGCAGCAGCACGCUCAGCACGCGCAAGCUCAAGCUCAAGCAUUCGCUCAUGCUCAGGCUCAAGCUCAGCAGCAGCAUGCUCUGCAACAGCAGCGACAGCAACAGCAGCAAGCUCAACAGGCUCAGCACGCGCAGCAGGUCGCUCAGCAACAGGCCGCCGCCCAGCGCUUCGGACAGGCUGCCGCUGGUGGAUCACCGGCGCAGAGGCCAGCUGUUCCGGGACAACACGUCUUCGGCACCCCUCAACCCGCCCACAUGGUCAUGCAGGGCGGUGCCCCGAACCAUGCGUCACCGAUGGCUCCCUCGCCUCGCAUGACACCUCAGCACGUCAUGCCGUCGCCUCAUCAGAAGCACGUGCGACCACCAGUACCGAUCAACGGGCCUACGCCGACAGGCACGCCGACGAUGGUUCCUGGAAUGCCCCAGCAGCACCAAGGAAUGCAGCCUGGUCAGCCGGGGUUUAUGCAGGCGGGAACGCCUCAGCCUGGCACUAGCCCUGCCACACCGGCGGCCAUGCACAACCACAACAUGCUUCAGAAUCAAACGCAGGCGAUUCAGAACCGGGCACAGGUUCUGCAGUCUGAGCAGCAACAGGCCCAACAGCAGGCGCAGCAGCAGCCGCACGUCGUUGCCCAGCACCAGCACGCCCAAGCCCUCGCGGCUCAGCAUCAGCAGAUGAUGCAGCAGCACCAGCAAAUGCAGAACAACGCCAACCCCGCUCUGCAGCGCCAGCACCAGAUCCUGCAGCAGCAGGCCGUCAUCCAAAACAUGGGGUUCCACAACGCGCAGCCGCACCUGGUGGCGCAGACUUUUCACGCCCUAGGCCUCGGUGACCGCGACCCGUCCAAGCUCUCUGACGAGGACAAGGUCACAAUGCACUACCGAGCGCAGCUGGGUGAGGCCCAGCGGCGACAGAUGGUAGCGAGCACGAACGCCAAUGGUGCGACCCCCGGAGCGCCUGGUGCUUCCCCGGCAGCCACGACGCCACAGCAGUUUCAGCCGAUGAUGCAGCAGGCGUCGCACCCCGGCCAGCAGCGACCACCGGACGGACGAGGAAGCACGCCCCCGGAUCGCAAGCGCCAGCGCCGCAACUCUGGCAGCGCUGCCGCGAGCCCGUUCAUCCAGCCCCAGGUUCUGCAGGCUGGUUUUCAGCCUCAGAAUCCCGGUCAGCAGGGCCAGAUGAUGAUGGGCAUGCAGAUGGGGCAGCGCCAGGUGUCGCUUGGUGGCACGCCAAUGGAGUCGCAUAGCCCGGCUCAGCAGGGACAGCAGAUGCCUGGCCAGUCGCCGCGCAAUGUCUCCAUCAGUGGACUGCCCGGCCAGUCAAUGCAGCGGAAUCAAAGCAAGAGCGGUGGUGCUGAGGGGUCGAUGCUGCCCCCUCAGAGCCCUGCUCAGCUCGGAGGACGCACACCGCAGGCUGGCAAGAUGUCGAUGACGCCCAAGAUGCAGAACAAGGAGGAGUUGAUGUCGCACCGUAACUCGCCUCAGCAGAAUAUGGGCAACGACGGCAGCCAGCAGGUCGCUCCGUCACCGAACAACAACGGUAACGCGCCGACACCAGCGAACACGAACGGCAACAUGAUGAACGGAGGUGUUGGCGACAACAAUGUCGCCAAUGGCAACAACAACGCCAACAACACCAACAACAACGCUGCGAACAACGCCAACAACAACAACACUACGUCGUUGUUCGGCGGCGACAUCAUGGGCGACACGAGUCUGUUCGGUGCCGACGGUGACCUCGACUGGGUCAGCAGCCUCGGCGGUGCUGAGGGCAUCGACUUUGCGCAGUACCUGGAGAACAUGGGCGAGGACAAUGAGGGCGAAGUCGGCGUCGCCGGAGGAUGA